AUGCGAUGGGGCCUCGGCGCCCACGACAUUUGCUUCAAGAACAAGGCCACAUCGACAUUCUUCACGCUUGGCCAAGUACUUCCCACUCAUAGGUUAUGGCACUCUCCGUAUGGCGGCUUAUACCAGCCAACAAUGACUCAAGCCAUCAAGCUCCUCUCUGGUCCAUCUCCAUCAUCCUGGUCGACAGCCUCAGACUCGGCCCUGGCCACAGUUCCGCCUUCACCAGCUCCUCCCGUCCCCGAACCCCUCUUCUUCUCUACCAACGGUGUCGACAACUUCACAGCACCCGCCGCCUUCUCAGUCAACCGAAAUGCCUGGCUUCACGUCUUCCCCGAGGCCUGUUGCCACCAGAGUCCGGAUAGUGGACUACGAUACUUCAAGUGGGGUGUAUCUCGCUUGAUCCUCGAAAGCGACCCAGCCCCUGAGUUCAUCCCCAUGUUCGUCCAUGGGACUCAGCACAUCAUGGCCGAGGAUAGGGGCUUCCCGAGGUUCUUACCACGCAUCGGAAACAAGGUCAGGAUAGUGAUAGGUGAGCCAACAGAUGUUGACCAAGUCUUUGGCCACCAGCGAGCGGCAUGGAAGAAGCUUGUUGAAAAGGGAGAUCCAGAGUUGCUCAGGGAUAGCCCAGAAGCCAGGGAGCUCAGGGUCUCCGUCGCUAAGCGUGUAAGAGACGAAGUCGAAAAGUUGAGAGAGAGCAUAGGCUUCCCAGCCGAAGAGGAUGGCACAGCUGCUCUGGCAGAAACAUGGGCCAAAGAUCCUCACAAGAAGAAAUACAAGAGCCCCGUUGACGGGAGUCUUGUCAAUAGACACUGA